AUGAGUUCCCCCAAGUCACCAAUCGCCGCCCCGCUCUUUCUCUUCGACUCUUCCUUGCUUUGUCAUCUUGAAAAAUAUGAUGCGUUGUAUUCAUAUAGCUACUUCUAUCUAUGUAUCCUUAAUAGAGCUAUAAAUAAAUGA